AUGCCCCCUAAAAAGCAACAAGGACCAGACAAAGCCAAGGCUACGGCCAAAUCCAAGGCUGCCGAAGACAAAGGAUUCGGAAUGAAGAACAAAAAUAAGUCGAAGAGAGUCCAGAGUCAAAUUCAUCAAAUGAAAGAUGGAGCAGACGGAGGAAUGGCCAAGAAGAGGGAAGCCGAGCAAAAAAGAAAAGCAGAGGAAAAGAAGGCGGCCGAACAAGCCAAGGUUGAGGCCGCUAAAUUGUUUGGUAUACAACAACAAAAAGUUCCUUUUGGUGUCGAUCCAAAAUCCAUUCUAUGCGAAUUUUUCAGGCAGGGUGUGUGUACCAAAGGCCCCAAAUGUAAAUUUUCUCACGACCCUAACGUCGGCAGAAAGGAUGCUAAGAAGGACUUGUAUACCGAUGCCAGAGCAGAGAAGGAGGAGGAUACUAUGGACAACUGGGAUGAGGAGAAGUUGAGGAAAGUGAUUAUGUCGAAGCACGGUAACCCAAAGACGACUACAGAGAAGGUCUGUAAAUUCUUUAUUGAAGCUGUUGAAAAUGACAAGUAUGGUUGGUUUUGGACGUGUCCUAAUGGCGGAAACGAAUGUAUGUACAGACACUCGUUGCCUCCUGGUUUCGUUUUGAAAACCAAGGAACAGAAGAGACUAGAAAGGUUGGCCAAGGAUUCAGAACCUCAAAUCACAUUGGAGGAGUUCAUUGAGUUGGAAAGAGGCAGAUUAGACAAGAGCCUGUUCACACCAAUCACUUUGAAGACAUUCAAAGAAUGGAAGUUGAAGCAACAAGCCAAGAAGGAAGAAGAAAAGAAGAAGGAUCAACAAUCUGGAAAGAGACCAUUGACCGGUAAAGAGAUAUUGGUCAAGAAAUAUGCUGACAAGUUCUACAAAGAGGAAGACAGCGAACAGGGAGACGAGAUGGACUUGUCUGAGUUCAGAAAAGCCUUGCCCGAAGGAGAGCAACCACAGUUCAAGGACUACGGUGAUGGUCCUCUGUAUGAUGCUUUCGGUGAUGAGGGGACAAGUGGAAACGACGGUACGACACUGGCAGUCGCAAGUGCAUGA